UUCAGGAGAAAUCUACCCUGUGUGCAAUACAAACACUGCUAGGAACCAAGAACACGGUGCUGGUUAACUGCUGUGAUUCAUGAUGGAAGUAAAAUCUCUUAAGUCCAUGAUCGUUCUCUCUGUUGGAUUGUCCGUUUUAGCUAUAAUUCUCCUUUCAUACUGCAGUUCAACAUUCACAUUGCAUAGACUGGAUGUAAAGUAUGCAGACGCCUCAGAAAGACAAAUUACCAGGAAAGAGGUAUUGAGAGACUACUGUCUAACACACUCAUACAAGACAAAACCAGUUGGCAUGGACUUAAACUUGAUCAUUGUGGACGAUGAAAACAAGAUCAUCUACUGUCCAAUUCCGAAAGUGAGCUCAACAACGUGGAAACGAGUUUUAGGGGAUCUUCGAGGACUCGACAAGAACAUAAAAAGGAUCCAUCGCAGGAAUUUGUGGCGAUGGUUGUAUCAAUAUACAGAGGAGGAAAGAUUACAACGAAUUGAAACUUAUUUCAAAUUUCUCUUCGUUCGGGAACCCCUGCAUCGCUUGCUUUCUGCUUACAAAGAUAAGUUUAUGAGAAGGGAUAGGAAAUGCAGCGAGGACGCUCGGAACCGAAUCGUCAAAGCAUACCGCCCACAAGAUUAUAAACCCAAUGGAGACUAUAAUGACAUCAACAUCACCUUCGCUGAAUUUAUUCAGUAUUUUUCCAAUGAUGUGCCGCGGAAUGAACAUUGGCGACAAUACGAACAGCUCUGUCAUCCAUGUGUUAUUAACUACGAUUUCAUUGGUCAUUUAGAGACUUUGGAAGACGACGCACCUCUGCUGUUAAAAAUGGUGGGAACUGACGACCGGGUAACUUUCCCGCCAAUCCACAAAUCUACCGGCUCAGAUGAAGUGUUGGAGUACUAUUCCCAGGUUCCCAUUCGGUACAUAACUCGGUUAGGAGAGUUGUACCGCAGUGAUUUUGAAAUAUUUGGUUAUGAUUAUUUGGCUCCGGUACAACCGCUACUCAAUAACAGUGAACAAACAACAAGUUUUAAACAGUAACAAAAUUGCAAUUCCCUUCAAUUCCGACUUUAAGCUAGUACGAAAAAGCUCACUAAGUUGAGCUAUUUAACGGAUAAUGUAACGUUACUCAUCACAAGCGCUAAAAAAAAAAAAAAA